ACAAGAAGUACCAAAACAGGAAGAAAGGCGGCCCUGGGCAACAACGCAGAUACUGGCAGUGGGAGCUCGAAGAGCCUCGAAGCACAGGAGAUGAAGACGUGAUUGGAUCAUAGAUAAGGGCUAACCUACAGGGUUUGUCUUCAAAAUUCACUAUCAUCAUCAAGAGCGCGUUUCAGCCUCGUCUGAGCACAAGUCACGCGAUCAUAUUCGAAGUUCAUCCCUAGCCAGGGCGGGAUACUGUUAUCAAGGUGUUAAACAGGCACGCGGCUAUGAAUGUGAAGCUGGGCAUGAGUCAUGAGGGCGCUGAGCCUAUACAACUGUUGUACUAUAUCGCAAGCAUGUUGUGCUUCACAUCAAGACCUUGGCCGGAGUUCUCACCGUAAAUGCAAACGACAAGGUUUAGCCGUCAGCGCCUGGUCAGAUGGCAAUUCUGGCAAUGGAUUCAAGCACCGAGCUAAUUUCCGCGACGAUCUUCGUAUUCUGCGCAUGAGGUAUGAUUGCAGGGUGUGUUGCACACUUAUCAAGGCUUCUUUGCCGUCUCAGCAAGCAAAGACGUUGAGCUCCCGACCUCUCAGGAUGCGUGACAGGGUACAGGCUUCAGUGCUACCCGAGGACAACACGAAUUGUAUGCCGUUCGAGGAUAGUAGUGCUGCCUGUGCAGCAGCAAUAAAUGAUUGGUACUGUAAUAGUAUAGCACUUCCGCAGAGUCCGGACAGCCACAACGCACUCCGUGGAGCUGAAGCAUUGGGUAUGCUGGGGAGAGUGCCAUAGGCGACCCCCACUACCUUGCAGGCAUCGGCGUGAUCAGGAGCGAAGUGCGAAGCCUCAAAGAGAUCAGCGAUAGGCAAAACAGCUCUUCGUAGCUGUCGCUGUACACGGACAAGGUCGGGUGCAGGGAGCACGAGGGCGGUGAGUGAAGGAGUGAGUCGUGCAU